UUCAGAGAUACAGAACUGAGAAAAACUCUGGUGCUGAAACUGAUCCCUGUGUUGAACUCUGAGUGACAGCAACCCCAAAUACCUGCUCUAAAAUCAGAAUGAUUUGUGUUCCCACUCACCUGCCCGUGCUUGGAGGGGCUCUGGGUGAAUGUUCUCAUUCUCUAAAGGAACUGCAAACUCACCAUAAAGCCUCGAGUUGUGUUGAAAGGGUUUGGGUUCUGGGAAAAGAGGGAUUGAGCAGGAACUGUGUCAAAAGUCUUGCCCUCAGCUCAUUUUCAGUUUAAAAACAGCGAAAUGGAUCCAUUUAUUCCAGAGGAGAUUUUCUGGACUUUGGUGUGUCCCUUUGUUUUCUGUUUAUAGGAGGCUUGUCCCUGAAGGAAUUGUUCAAACUCAGAAAUCUCAGCAGAGCACACACACUGAUAAACUCCCCUGUGUGUGCUGAGGUGAUUUCCAUAAACCAAGGGGGCAGACUGGGGGGCUGCAGCCCCAUUGCCCAGUGGGGUUAGGGCACACUGUCCUUGUCCAGUUCACCCAAAUGCUGCUCUUCAGAGGAAAGAAGCUUUCUUCAGGCCAACCUAAGCUGAAGCUGCCUUACUUUUUUUAGAAUAACAGUUCCAGAGAAUGCAGGUGUCUCUCAUGGUUUCCUGUUUCUUGUCAAUUUAAAUACAAAAAGUGAAGUUGCUUAACUUCCACAAUUGUGUAAAGCCACAUCGAAUUGACAUGUGAGCUUUUAACUGGUGUGACAGAUUCUUCUCAAAGCAAGUGGUUAAACUGGUGUGCUGACACUCGGGGAGUUUUCCAGCAGCAUUUCCAUGGUGGGAGCUUCUCCUCCUGUCAGUUAAGGCUCUGAGAGAAUGGGAGGCUCUCCCUCAACACCAGCUACAGUUGCACCAGAGCCUGUUGUCACUACCACCAUUGUCCCCAGCACUGUCCCUGCCCCUGAUCUCGAAGCUGCAGAAGUCGGGUGCUGGAUUAAUAACCGUGAAAUACUGUACAUGUCACUGGCCUUCAUUUCUGGCAUCCUGCUGACUGUCCUGGUUUUUGCAAUCAUCUUCCUCUUCAGGAAAAGUUUUAAGAGAUCCCACCAAAAUUUACAAGAGGAAGCUCUCUCCCAGAUGGCAGCUGAGGAAUCUCUUAGGAACACCCAGAAUGAAGUGACCUACAGCACUGUGGUCUUCCACCGGGGCCAGACACCACUGCCUGUGUGAUGAGGAAGUCCCAAAUGAAAUAAAAAUGUUCCCACUUUCUGGACAUCAAAAGCUGUGAGGAUGUUCCACCAGGGCCUGCUCUGGGAAUGCCCCCAUGCCCUCUGUAACACAGCUCUUCUUGUAGUUAUGAUGGGAAAUUGUCUCCUCUUCCAAACUGGCUGCCAGCAGCUGAGGGCAAAUGGAGAGUUUCUGUACAGGAUUUCCUCAUCUGUAGAAAUCUCUCUGCCCUUGUAAAGUUUCCGUUUGUGAGAACUACCAGAGAGAAUUGAGAAAUGAAAAUGUUUCGCUGCAUCUAUCCACAUGUGCCCUGUGUCUCCCUUUUCUGUCACCAACUCUAACAUUUUCCUUUUUUUUUUUUUUUUUUUUUUUGAUUGCCAAGUGCUCUGCUAGUUAUUUUCUGUUAUUGAAGUGAUGAUAAUGAAAUGUUUAUAUCCAAAUCUCUGCUUCCUGGUUUGGUCCCGUAAAAGAAAUGCACAAUCACAGUGUGACAGCCAAAAUCUCUGGAAAUGUUAAUUCACUGCUUAUUACCCACAGUGGUCUGAGUGCAGUGUAAAAUCGCUCUCUUUUCACGAACGGGGAUAAUUUACCACGGGAGCUGUGUCAGAGCUCCCGAGGAGCAGAGCUGGAGGUGCCACCCGAUGGCAGCACCAAGCCGGGGAUGGGACUGCCUGAACUCUGCGUGCUGCUGCUGUGCCUGCAGCCCUCUCCUCUGCAGCCCUCUCCUCUGCAGCCCGCUCCCCUGCAUCCU